AUGAAUAUUCACACUUAUGCUGUACCUGUAAGUACUGGUAACAAUAUAUUACUCUUUUAUUUACUGGUCAUUGCAACACCAUGGUUCAAUGAAACACUUAGCCUCUUGCUCUCCCUCCCUUCAUCCUUCAUCAUUAACUUGUAUUACAUUGCUGAUGUGUAUUGUAUCUUCAUGUUCUGCAGUAAUUCUUUAUAUGUGACAUGGAUAAUAUUCCAAGAAAUUGAGGCUUCUGUUCUAAAAAUAUCUAUUUUCUCAUGA